AGCACUCACAUUUCUCCACUCCAGCCAAGACCCUCCCAGAGACCGCGUACCCACACCGGUGGAUUUAGGCAGAGGACCACAUCUUAUUCUGGAUUGAUGGGAGAUGGAGGUCUGUGGGCCACUUGUGUGAAAAAAAUCAAUCGACCAAUCCUGAGACAAACGUGAAACCUGCCAGUCAUUUGAUCUUUUCAGUUUCUGUUUUCAACUGUUUCCUAAUGCCUGUUGGAAGUUCCCCUGCUCUGAAUUCAUCCCACUUCGUCCUGUGAAAUUUGUACUGAACUCUUCAGGAUUCAAAAAUGGAAGACUAUGAAUAUGAGCUAUGUAAUGAAACAGAAGAAGGUUUUUGCGAUUAUGAUACUACUGCAUAUCCUUGUGAUAAGACUGAUAUCCGGGAUAUGGUUAAUAAUAUUAUGAUAUAUGUUUAUUCUAUAAUUCUGGUUCUCGGCCUUAUUGGCAAUGGAUUGGUGAUAACUACCUAUGCGUGCUACAAGAAACCCAAGUCCAUGACCGAUGUUUUUCUCCUCAAUGUGGCCAUAGCAGACAUACUGUUUGACCUCUCCCUUCCAAUAUUUACAGUCAAUCAACUGAAUAACUGGGUAAUGGGUAAUUUCACAUGCAAACUGCUCAAAGGCAUCUACAGCGUUAACUUGUACAGUGGCAUGCUGCUGCUUGCUUGCAUUGGCUCUGACCGCUACAUUGCCAUUGUUCAAGCAAGGAGGUCAUUCAAUCUUCGGUCAACUGCCCUGAUAUACAGUCAUGUUAUUUGUUUUUGUGUUUGGUUGGUGGGAAUUGCUGUGUCCCUACCCACUUUCAUAUUCUAUGAGACUUAUGAAAUUAAUAACACCACAGUGUGUGAACACAGGUUUCAGGACAAUGAGACAGCUAUCAUUUUAAAGACAGCAAUGCCUGCCAUUCAGCUGUCUGUUGGCUUUUUCCUUCCUCUCGUCAUUAUAAUCUUCUGCUAUUCAAGCAUUAUUUUCACACUGUUGCACACCCGUAAUUUCCAGAGGCACAAAGCUGUGCGAGUAGUCGUGGCAGUGGUGAUUGUUUUUGUGUUCUGCCACCUUCCUUAUAACAUUGUUCUUCUAAUUGACUUAAUGCGGAAAUUUAGAACAGACCGUUUCUGUCCAGAUGAAAGAAACCAUUCCAGGAUGAUGCUCUUUACGGAGGCCUUGGCUUUCUUCCAUUCAUGUCUCAAUCCGGUACUAUAUGCGUUUAUUGGUGUCAAGUUUAGGAACCACUUCAGAAAGAUUUUACAAGAUCUGUGGUGCAUCAGCAAGAAAUACAUAUCUGUUAGACGACCUUCAAGAUUUACAUCAGAAAUGUACAUGUCCCGCAAGACCAGCGAGGUGUAUGACGUCGAUAACGGCUCAUCUUUUACAAUGUAGGUUUUGGCUUUCCUGCUUCUGGCUUGGAUUGCAUGGCUGCAGUCGGAAAUCUACAAAAGCAAGCCAACAUGAAGAGCUGGUUUAUGACGAAAAAACAAUGACAGCUUUGAUUGUCAAAAAGACAUGAAUAUUUUAUAUUUUUUAUUUGAAUGGACUGUCAUGUCGAACAGCAGACAAUAAUUUCAAAUCUACUUUUUCUUUGUAACAGGAUCUGGUCCAAAGCAAUUAUGAUCCUUUUGAAAGAACUUUGCAUUCUUAAAACCUGAGCAGAAAAUAAUGCCUGGACUCGUCAUCUAAAUGCCACAUCAUCUAGUUGUUCAUCUUCUAUAUUCACCCCUAUUUUCAAUUACAUUCUGCACCCAGCUGUCAGUCAGCCAACUGUUCAAAGUGGUAUACACAUGCAAAAAAAUAACUGCUUCAAAUUUGGAGUGCUCCAGAGUAAAUCCGAUGAUUCUGCUCACUAAACCUGCCAAAUCGAUCAUUCAAAUGGAAUAUUUCAAGAAUGAUACAGGCGUUCUUUACAGUAGAAACAUCUUCCUUUUGGAUUCAAAGUUGCUGUAAUUUAUACAUUCUUUUUGUUUGCCGACUGUAUUCUGGAUCAGCAACCCUAAAGUUAAUUGUUAAGUUUAACCAAUUAAUCAAGAUGGAGAUAUGGUGGCAUUGUGGUUAGCUUUGAUGUCACACAAGCCUUGGCAGCUCUGGUGUAAAUCCCCUCUGCUUAUGUCUGCAUGUUAUUCUCUAGAGGCUCCUGUUUCCUCCUAGAUCUUAAAGACUACUUUAAAUUGGUGACCCUACAGUUUUUCACAUGAGUGAGUGUGGCUGCACAUACCAUGCAAUGGACUGGCAUCUCUUUUAGGACUGGGCCUACCUUGUGUCUGAGGUAUGAUAGACCACCAGAAUCCAAUGAUGUGGAAAACAAGCUGGGAAAUGGACAGGUGACUGGAUAUGUAGAUGGUUGGGUAACUCAUAAAGAUGGUGUCAAAUAAAGUGAGGAACACAGAAAAAGGUUUGGGGUAGCCAUCCUGUAUACUUGAAGAUUGGGUGAAAACAAAAAGUCCUCAAUAUCUUUUUACAAAAUUGAGCCCAAAACAGGCCUGUUGUACGGCUAAUAAAAUGGCCGGCUGGGGGAAGUGAUGUCAUCAGGCCUGGAACCAGAAGUGACAUCAUCGGGCCCAGAAUAGGAAGUGACGCCAUCGGCCCCAGGUGGAAUUUCCCUUGGGUGUGAAGCAGAAGAAAGAAAGAAAGGGUUAGUGCACAAUGCCACCCCCUGAAGCCCUUUAGCUGCCUCCCAUGCACAUGUGUGUGUCAAUAGUUAACAAGAAAUGUAAGAAUACAAGCAGGACAACAUAAAGUCUGAAUUAAGCUUGCACAUGCAUUAUUUUUUCAUGUUAUCUGUUUGUAUGUUUCAAGGCCUAUAAACACAAUUUUUUUAAAGGAUCAAUGUUUAAUCAACAUGCCAAACAAAUGCUUUGUGCCUUUUUAAUUGUAUAAAACAGAAAGAUGUAUUUAUUUUUGUAAUAGUCGAUCUUUUGUUUCUUACUCAACAACAUAAAAAUGAAGCUAUCACAAUGUACAGUAUGUAUCAUGAACAAGGUGAAAAAUAUAAAUUGUUCAGCAGGAUAUUUGACAAAUAUGUCUAAAUGCUGUUUCAUGCUAUCUGUGUAGUUUAAUGACAACAAGAAAUUCUGAUUUAUUGUAAAAUGAGUUUGCUGCUUGGUAAAGUUUACUCAACAGCUUACAAGAAAAUGUCUUCAUGAAUCCUUUUGGAGACAUAAACAUUAACAAUUGGAAGAAAAAUAUUUUCAAAUUCAGCUUUUUCAGAAUGGUACUGAUUUAAGAAAAAUAUGUCACCAGAUACAUUUAUGCAAUAUUUUUUUUUGCCAUUAACUGUUUGUUAUUUUUAUGUAAAACAGUUUUAAAUAUAUUUUUCCAUCUAGUUUUUAAAUAUUUAU